CUUUUUUCAAUGCUUCAUGUUUGUGUUAUGGGUUUAUUUCUUCUCUUUUUAAUCUCUGAAAAUAGCUACCACAAGCUUGUUUUUUCUCUUUCAUGGAGGUUUUGUGUUUUGUGAUACUUCAAUCAUUUUAAACCCAGUAGUUUUCUCUGCUUCACCAUUCCAUUCUUUUGUACCAUUUAACUUUACUUUAUACAGGUAAAGUGUUUUCCUUUAUUUUCUCUCUUGCUCUCUCUCUCUCUCUCCCCUUUAGACUUUCGCUCACACUUUGAACGCAUAAUCACUUGGGCUACAGUUUCUUCUUUUGGUUACAGAAAAGCCUUAUCCUUUCUCUAUUAUAGUGUUUUGUGCUUUUUUGGGGACUGUGUUUCUUGACGGUUUGAGCUUUCAAAGAAGGAAACUUUUGGCUUUUUCUUUUGGGGGUCCUCUACUCUCUCAAGUGUUUGUAAAGUUCUUCAAUGGAUACUCUUGAGCGAGCUGAAACUUGUUUGAAGAUUUCAAAUUUGAUUAAGCUUGGUGUUUUGUAUACAAGUGUUAAUAGAAAGAGUUUAAUUUGAUUUGUAUGCAAUUUAAUGGAGUCUUGGAGCCAUGUUUCUGGGGUGAAAGGGUGUAUAGAAAAUGCAGCAAUUUCACUUUCUGAUUCUUCUGCAAGAAGUAAAAAUAUAUUGAUGGGUUGGGAAUUGAAAACUCCAAGUAGUUUUGGUAAUAACAUGUUUGUCUCAGGUCAACAACAACCUAUUGAGAACCAGGCUUUUGGUGAAUUUGGUAUUCAAGAAUUGGUAGGAAAAAGAGUACCUAGCAGUUCAAUUAGAGAUGUUUUGAGUAGCAAAGAAAGUAGCGGGAGAAUGAUGAGUCCAUUUAUGCCUACCUCAAGCUCAUUUCUUGUUGAAGAUGAGUCCACUUCAAAGCUUUCGAACUCUGUGGUCGACUCCAACAGCAGUAGGGACUCAUCACUUUUUGAUCUGAAGCUAGGCAGGCUCGUUGAUCAAAGAGAUGCUCAUAACGCUAAGAUUUCUAGAGGAGCCCCUUUCUUGUCUACUUCGGAGUCGUCUACGCCUCCAAAGAGAGUGAGAUUAGCCGGAAUUACUUCGCAUACUGUCUUUUGCCAAGUUUAUGGUUGUAAUAAGGAUCUCAGCUCCUCAAAGGACUACCACAAGAGGCAUAAAGUUUGUGAGGUUCACUCAAAGACAGCUAAAGUCAUUGUGAAUGGCCUUGAGCAGAGAUUUUGUCAACAAUGUAGCAGGUUUCAUUUGCUAGCAGAAUUUGAUGAUGGUAAGCGCAGCUGUCGUAAACGCCUUGCUGGCCACAAUGAGCGUCGAAGAAAGCCUCAAGUUGGUAUUAACUCUGGCCGAACUGGGAAGCUACUUCAGUCAUAUAACGCCCAUGCAGAUAGCAGAUUUCAGGGGACUGCACUAACAACAUCAUCCUUUAUUUGUCAAGAUAUACUUCCCAGUGGAAUCUGUCAGGAAAAAUAUGGAACAAAUGAUUGGUGCAAACGUAUAAAACUUGAAGAUGGGACUCAUUAUAAUCCUCUAUCAUCCAUUCCGAUUGCAAGUGCAAGUCUGCCGCCUAAAUCACUUUUCCCUCACAAUUUUGAAAAAGCAGUUCCCUUUUUUCAUGGCAAUGGAGCUAAUACAGUGACAGAAAGCAUUUUCAGUUUGAACGGCAGUCGAUAUCCACAUGAUCUGGGAGGGCCAAAUUCUGGGUCAAUUACUUUGUUCCAGGACACCUCAUUAGGUAGUGAAGAGUUCAAUGUUUAUGAUUCAGCAUCAACCAUACAAGGAUUAUCAGGAAUUUCCGAUUCUGGUUGCGCUCUCUCUCUUCUGUCAUCUAAACCGCAGCACUCUUCAAGCCAUUUGUCAGGAGUUCCAUUCACUUGUCCUCUAGUCAUGCCAGGCAGCAAUAACCAUUACAAUAUGACUCAAGUUUCUGAAAAGCUUACAGGGUUCACCUCGCAUGCAUCAACAAGUGGUGUGUCAAAUAAGUUCUCUUCAUCUGGAUUGAGCUCUGUUGAAGGAAGUAACUUGGGUCUCAUACUGAUCUCUGACAAUAGUGAUGCCAUCAACUUUGAUAUCAACCAUGGGAUCUACCAAGAGCCAGAUUGCAUGAAUGUGAAAGAUCGCCUUUCAUGUGAAGAGGGGACCACAAUUGACUUGCUUCAGUUGUCAUCACAACUUCAACGAGUAGAGCAUCAAAGGCAAUCCAUGCAAGUUAAGCCUGAGAAUGAUGCUUUCUGCUGCCCUUGAGUCACACUCAUAAGUUCUGCAAAUAAGGAGCCAGCCCCAAGUAUGUAGCAGUUGGGAUUUCAGAAGACAUCUAACACAUUUAAAGCAAGAUAAACAGAAACUUUGGAUUCUAAAUGUCUUCAUGCCUCGGUGAUAACUAACAACUUAAAUUCUAUCUGGUAAUGUUGAUGUAAUCAGGAGGUCAUUCCUUUACUUACGAAUGAAUAACUAUGGACACUGAAAGGUCACACUUUGUUUCUAAGUUUUCAUUGAAAGUUCAUGAAGAGAAUACUCAUCUUCACUUGUCAUUAGUCCCUAAUCUCCUCAGUUUUUUCCCUUAUCCGUAAUGUAAUCAAACAAAUUCAUCAAGAAUUUGAGUAUCAAAAAUCAUCUAAAACUUUGCUAUUGUUACA